AUGCCGGAUGACUACGACGUCCCCAGGCCAUCUAAGAUCAACUUGAAAGAGACCGCCGCCGAAACUGCGUCGCGGAUAUAUGCCAAGGAGCGUCGUCGAGUAGAGAAAGACCGAGAGCGGGUGGCCCGAGCAAACGGGAUGCGGUACAGUCGCGAGCGUCAGCGUGGAAGUGAGGAUGAGCGGGGUCGUCGCGCCGCCUACGUCAACGACAUGGACGACAUGGGCGAGCUCGAUGGCGGCCUCUUCGGUACCUUCACCUUUGGCUCGGGGCUACCAACAUCCACACCAGGGCUGUCAGGAAUCUUCUCGCGGCUGUUUGGGGCACGCGAGUCGCGAGCCCGUGACAUCUUCGAUGGCCCACCGCCCAUGGGAACCAUGGGCGCAGACGCGUACCGCGCUCAUGUGCGCGAGCGCUUCCGCACAGCGCAACGAGACGAGGAUUUCCGAGAAGAGAUCCGACGACGCACGGCACGCCGGGAGGCAGAGGAAGCAACGUUCCGGGCAGAUCGGAUAGCCGAGGAGCGCGAGGAACGAGAGGCCAAACGCCGCCGGCGCGCCCGCGCCGAGCAGGCAGCACAAGACGCACAAGCAGCGGCGGCUGAAACGGCAACAUCAAGGCGCGAAGAAGCUCAAGCGCAAAAGGCAGAACGGGCUCGUUGGCGCAAGAGAUGCGCCGCGCUGUUCGACGUCGAGAUUGUCAGCGUCGAGUUAGGAUUCGCUGAUAUCCCGUGGCCAGUAGCCGCCGCCAAAGGCGCGGGAUUCAGCAUCGUGCUCCACCCGGAGGAUAUAAAUGCGGAGAACGUGAUGCGCUUCCUUUUCGCUCUGGCAGACGACGAGGGGACCGACCGCCGCAAGAUCCUGCGCGAGGCGAUUCGUCUCUUCCACUCGGACCGCUUCCACUCGCGCGUGCUCCCGCGCGUGAAGGAGAGCGAGCGAGAGCGCGUGCGUGAGGGUGUUGAGGUCGUUGCACGUAUCCUCACCCACCUCCUGUCAGUCAAGUAG